UAUUUUUGAAUGAAUCUUCAGUUGAAUUAAAGUUGAAAAAAAAUUGAGUAUAUUUGUAAACAUUACCAGUGGCACACUUCUUGAUUCAGAUUUUUAUCAUCAUAAAAUAGUUCAGGCGUUAAAUUACAACAUAUGUCAUUUAAUAUGGCAAAGGCAACAUGAAACUUCAGAAAUAAAAAAAAAUUCACCACACUCAGAUCUUUAAUAAUGAAUUAUAAUGACCACUAAGUAUGCAAAUGUUGUAAUAAUCUGUAUCUGAUUAAAAUUAUGGAACGAAAAAUAUGAAUAUUAGUUUAAAAACCAGAAGAUUUCACAUACUUUGAUCUUCUUAAUUUACACAAAAUGUUCAUUACUAAAUAUAAAAUGCAAUUUCUAAAGUAAUUUCGUCAAUAUUAUAAACCAUUCUUCUUUGGAAAUUCAUCAAAAACAUUUACAUUAAAUAAGUGCAACAAAUGUUCCAAUUGAAGAAAUGCAAAAAUAGUAUUUUAUGUAAUAUAUGUAAUAAUUAUUGGACUUUUUAUUAAUUUUUUUACGUGCAUCUAGGAUCAUUUGAAUGAGUAAAAUUACGCGCAAGCGCAAUUUAAUGCUGCUUUUUAUCCGAUUUUCACUUUGAACUUUUUUACUAUACACUUGGUCAGUACCUCAGCACAUGUACCUAAAUAUAAGUUUCCUUUUAGGUUAUUCCACAAUAAUAAUAAUUUUUAUCUUUUUGGAUACGUAAAAAAUUGUAUUAAAAGUGAUCAAAAUAGUUGACACAUUCAUUUAAUAUACACCUGAAAUGGUUAAUUAGUAUGAAUUCAACUGAAAAAAGAUUUCAAUUAGAUGUGUGGAAAGGUGAUUGGGGAUUGCCGUCAGUUGACAUUCACUGCUUACAAAUUUUGGCCUAUGCAAGAUUCUGUAAUGUGCCAUUGAGAAUAAACCCAACAUGCAAUCCUUUCAGAACACCAAAUGGUUCUUUACCAGUUCUUCACACUGGUACAAACAUAUUAAAUUCAGUUGAAGGUAUAUUAAAUUUUUUUCAAGAGGAGAAUUAUUCUCCAGAUCGUCAUUUAAGUCCCCGACAAUCUGCUGAAAUCAUAUCAUAUAACUACAUGCUGAAAGAGAGUUUUUAUCCAGCAUUACAAUUUAUAUGGUGGUUAGAUCAAAGGAAUUUUACCAAUUUAAUAAGACCAUGGUAUGCUAAAGCAAUUCCUUUUCCAUUAAAUUUUUAUUAUCCAUCAAAAUAUGAAAAACAAGCAAGAUCAAUGAUGGAAUCAUUUUAUCCUAAUGAAGAAGCAAUGACUGUGAUAGAAAACAAAAUAUAUUCAGAAGCACAACAAUGCAUGACAAUGCUAUCAACAAGAUUAGGAGAUUCAGAUUACUUUUUUGGAGCAAAUCCAACGUCAUUGGAUGCAAUGAUAUAUUCAUACCUUGCGCCUCUGUUAAAGGCGCCACUGCCAAAUCCAGCAUUACAAAAUCAUCUGAAGGCCUGUACUAAUUUAGUUAAAUUCGUAUCUCGUAUAUCUCAACGGUAUUUCGAAAAUGAUUAUCAAGAAUAUGAAAAAAUUCAAGCGAAAGAAAAUGAAAAGCGAAUGAAAAAAGAAGAUAAUGAAUUUCCAAAUAAACGAAGAAAUCAGAUAUUAGCAGGAAUUUUUGCAACGUUAGCAAUGAUCUCAUAUGCCUUCCUCGCUGGGAUUGUAGAGAUCCCAGUGAACAGCGACGGAGAGGAUGAGGAUUUUGAAGAUCCAGAAGACUAUUAUACCGAAGCAGAAUUAGAAGAUGAUUAAAAAUCGGAUUUCCAAAAAUGUGUUUCAUUUAGAUGAUUAAUUAAAUAAAAUAUCAAAAGUAUAUUCGA